CGACCCCUUUAUGCUGAAGAUGAAAAGCUGGGGUUGGCUGGCCCUGCUUCUGGGGGCCCUGCUGGGAACUGCCUGGGCUCGGAGGAGCCAGGAUCUACACUGUGGAGCUUGCAGGGCUCUGGUGGAUGAACUCGAGUGGGAAAUUGCCCAGGUGGAUCCCAAGAAGACCAUUCAGAUGGGAUCUUUCCGGAUCAAUCCAGAUGGCAGCCAGUCAGUGGUAGAGGUGCCUUAUGCCCGCUCAGAGGCCCACCUCACAGAGCUGCUAGAAGAGGUGUGUGACCGAAUGAAGGAAUAUGGGGAACAGAUUGACCCUUCCACCCACCGCAAGAACUAUGUACGUGUAGUAGGCCGGAGUGGAGAAUCCAGUGAGCUGGAUCUACAGGGCAUCCGAAUUGAUUCAGACAUCAGUGGCACCCUCAAGUUUGCGUGUGAGAGCAUCGUGGAGGAAUAUGAGGAUGAGCUUAUUGAAUUCUUUUCCCGAGAGGCUGACAAUGUUAAAGACAAACUUUGUAGUAAGCGAACAGACCUAUGCGACCAUGCCCUGCACAUAUCUCAUGAUGAGCUAUGAACUACUGGAAUGGCCCUGAUGGACAGGCUUGAUGGAUCACCCCCAGGAGGGGAAAAGGGUGGCAAUGCCUUUUAUAUUAUGUUUUUACUGAAAUGAACUGGAAAAAUAUGAAACCAAAAGUACAAA